AUGUCCUUAGACUCCGAGAAACCAGAAGAAUGCACAAUAGAAGACCUUAAUCCCACCUCCGAAACCCAAGACAUAGUAUCCGAUCGCGAUGCAGAGAAACGCCUCCUCCGCAAAUGUGACCUCCAUGUCGUCCCUAUCCUCACCCUCCUCUUCAUGUUUGCCUUCCUGGACCGCAUUAAUAUCGGAAAUGCACGGUUAAUGGGUCUGGAAAAGGAUCUGGGUAUGAGUGGGCACCAAUAUAAUAUCGCGCUGUUUGUCUUCUUUAUCCCGUAUAUUCUGUUCGAGGUGCCGAGUAAUAUGAUCCUGAAGAAGGUGAAGCCCUCGUGGUGGCUGAGUGGGAUUAUGUUUGGAUGGGGUAUCAUCACUACCUGCCAGGGCAUCACUGGCAGUUUCACCGGGUUAGUGGUCUGUCGGGUAUUGAUUGGAUUCUUCGAGGCUGGAUUCAUGCCUGGCUCUGUUUAUCUUAUCAAUAUGUACUACCGCCGCCAUGAGCUCCAAUGGCGACUCAAUCUUUUCUUCAGCGCUAGUAUCAUCGCUGGUGCAGUUAGUGGUCUCCUCGCCUACGCUAUCAACAACAUGUCUGGCAUAGCCGGAUACAAAGGCUGGCGCUGGAUCUUCAUCAUCGAAGGCCUGGCCACAGUAGUGAUAGCGGCGUUCUCCAAAUUCAUCGUCGUGGAUUGGCCCGAGACGGCCAAAUUUCUGACCGAAGACGAACGAUCCCUACUCCUCGCACGUCUGAAACAAGAUCGAGGUGAGGCACGGAUGAACAGAAUCGAUAAGAAAUCCGUGCGGCGAACCCUCACAGACCCGAAGAUUUAUCUAGGACCAGUCAUGUACUUUGGUAUCGUCAACACAGGCUACGCCGUCUCCUUCUUCACCCCCACAAUCCUCCACCAAUUGGGCUGGACAGCAGUGCGUGCCCAAGUAAUGAGCAUCCCAGUCUACAUCGUGGCAACCAGCACCACUCUCUCCGCCGCCCUCCUCAGCGAUCUUCUGCGCCACCGCUACCUCUUCACGCUGACCGGUUGCCUCGUCGCAACAACCGGCUACGUCAUUCUCCUCGCGCAAUACUCCGUCCCAGUCGGAGCGCGUUACUUCGCCAUCUUCGCCAUCACCAGCGGCGGAUACCUUACGCAGCCGAUCCUAAUGGGCUGGCUGAGCAACAACAUGGCGGGCCAUUACAAGCAGAGCAUUGCAUCAGCGAUGCAGAUCGGGUUCGGAAAUUGCGGUGGGUUAGUAGCGAGUAACAUUUUCUUUCAGGAGGAGGCGCCGGGGUAUCGGACGGGGUAUGGGGUCAGCUUAGGCAUGACGUGGGUGUGUGGGAUCGCCUGUUUGCUGUUUUUGGGGUAUUUGAUUCGAGAAAACCAGUUGGUUAGGUUUCAUCUUCGAGUGUAG